AUGAGACGCAGAAGGCAGACUUUGUUCUGGAAUGGACAGAAGGCUGGUGAAUGUGCCAUGCUACUGGCAAGACGUCUUAGCGAUGGACGAUCACGAUCGCCCUCGAUGUAUUCGGUUUGGGGACGUUACCUGGAUUCUAUUACAAGGCUAGCGCAGCUGUUUCUGUUCACUCCAGUGCAGGAAAGUUUCCCUGCCGAAGCGCCUAGCAGCGUUAUUCAAAGGGAUUUCGCUGAAGUAUUUCAACGAGUGCUGGCUGUCUUUUCACCUCUAAUUGUGCCAAUGUCUGCUUCUGUGCCUCCAUUUUCGCCUUCCAAUGAAGCUGAAGCCGAAAUGGUCUUGGACAGAUUCGUUCAGUUGUUGUCAGCUUUUCCGCACAAUGCUGUUCUGCAACCCGGAACUCAGAAUCUCCCGUCGCUAUUGUGGCAAUUCUAUUUCGAGAAGUUGUCUAUACUAUCGCAUGGAUCUACGCACUACUUCUCAAUGAUUGAGCGUUACUUUGUACGUAUUGCAUGGCCGUCGUUCUAUCCAUCAGAACGAGGUCUUCGUGCCAUGGAAGAGUGCCUUGCCACUCGAUCACCUUGUUGUGCUCCAUUUGUAGCGCAGGUGGUUGUACGAAUAUUGUGGAAAGAUGUACUAACGAAUCACGUAGGUUUUACCAAUUCAGUUUCAAUUCAGUUU